CUGGAAGAGUGAGAGUAGGGAGGGGAGAGAGGGACUUUGAGAGGGGGCGGGGCCUGGAACUGGAGAAACAGGCCGUGCCUUGGGUGGAAUAGGCGUACUGGGGCGGAGCCCAGAUUGGCAAAAUUGGGGCGAGAACCGGAGGCGAGCUGGGGUCGGCCUUGGGACCGGAGGCCGGAGCUGUAACUGUUACCAGGGGCUUGGACAGGAAGAUCCGCAAUGUAACUAGCAGGUCCGGGGUCUCCAUCCUCCACCGCAGCCCCCUCACUACCUCAAGUCCAGAAAACACCCACCAGCCGCUGCAGUCCGAUCAUCACCUGUCACAAUCCUCGGCCAAAAACAAAAACAGAAACCGGGAAUGGACAGUAUUACUCUCACUCUUCCCACUCCACCCCCCAGUCUCCUACCUCUAUUUCUUCAUCCUUCACUGGCUCAAGACAGCCACCUUUUUGGCUGAGGUGGAAGGAGCUCUGGAUGGGAUGGGAACUCGGUCUGACCUCACUGUGUAGCCUUGGGAAAUCUCUUUUCCUCUCUGGGUCUUAGUUUCUCCCGCUGUCAAAAGGGUUGGGCAGGGCAGGUGUGUGGUUCCUGCCUCACCUCCCUUUCUUUGAUGGGACUGAUUAUAUAUGGAGAAGUCUAGAUGACAGGUAUGUGGGAGGAAGUACUUUACUUCUACAGUCCACAUAGAAUAGAGGAGGCAGAGAUGGUGGGGAAUGCGAACAGGAAGUGAUCCCAGGAGAUGCAGGAGGAACUUUGGCCUGAAGUCCCAAGUUGUCAGGUUCUGACACUGUUAGAAUGUCAGGGGAUCGCUAGGUGGCUCAGUGGAUUGAGAGCCAAAUUUAGAGACAAAGAGGUCCUAGAAUCAAAUCUUGCCUCAGAUGACUUCCUAGCUAGGUGACCUUGAGGAAGUUACUUAUUCCUCAUUGCCCAACCACUCUUCUUUGAAAUCAAUUCACAGUAUUGACUCUUAAGACAGAAGGUAAGGGUUUAAAAAAUGUUAUGAAACAUGAAAUCUUAGGUCAGAGAAUGGAGUGUUAAUAUCAGAACUCAAUCUACCCUCUUAUGCUGAUAGGAAAACUGAAAACAGUGAGGAGUCCCUAGGACAGUGAAGAUGAACCUAUGGCACAGGUGCCAAAGAUGACUCACAGAGCACACUCUCUGUGGACAAACACAAUGCCCUUCCCCUUGCCCCCUACCCAGUUCAUUACCAGAAAGGUAAAGGACUUGGGCAGAGCUGCUCCCCUCCAGCUCUCCACUGCACCUGAUGACAUUUUUUCACAUCACCUACCUUACUUCAUCAGCCCCUCUGCCCAGCAGCCCAGUGGGAGUGCUUCCUGCCUCCCCUGUGUGGGGUAAGAGAAAGGGGCAGGACAGGCCAAACACUUGGUGGGGGAUGAGGGGCACAGCACACUGUCUCUAAAAGGUUCACCAUCAUUGCCCUAGAAGGAAGAUGAGGGAGGCUAGUGUCAAGAAAUUUAAGAGGGAGGGGGGGCAGCUGGGUAGCUCAGUGGAUUGAGAACCUAUCCUAGAGAUGGGAGGUCCUAGGUUCAAAUGUGGCCUCAGACACUUCCUAGCUGUGUGACCCUGGGCAAGUCACUUGACCCUCAUUGCCUAACCCUUACCACUCUUCUGCCUUGGAGUCAAUAUGGAAGGUAAGGGUUUUUGUUUUUGUUUUGUUUUUUAAGAAAUGUAAGAGGGAGGUCCCUGUGAAAUUCAACAAUACAAGGGCAUUUUUGCCCCCCUCAGCUUCAACUCCUUAGAGAAUUUAUUUUGCCAGUUUUCUCUCACUUUCUUUGCCUCUUUCUCUGCCUGUAAAGAGGUUUCAUUUUAGAACAAUGGGAUUUAGCCCAUGAGGUAAUCCAGUUUCUCUGUCUCUCUGUCUUUAUCUCUCAUUUCUAUCCCAUCCCAAUGUCUGUUUCUCCAACUCUUUCCAUUUGUCCAAACCUCUUUCUCUCCAUCCAGCUCAAUCCAGUCAUUAUGAAUCAUUUUCAAGGCCAUGGAGAGAGAAUUGAAAGAAUCUGCCUGCAAGUAGCUUACAUGUUUUCCCAUUUCCAUUGCUUCUGCCUCUCUCCAUCUCUGUCUUUUCCUGUACAUUUCUUUCCAUCUCUAGCCUAUUUCUAUCUCUUCAUCUCUGUCUCUUUCCAUUUCUAGCUCUUUCUCUGUGAGGUUUAUGGAGUGUUCAGGAAGGACUUAGCACUGCUGGUGUGAGGACUUGUCAAGCCCCUUUCAGGGCUGUUCACCUACCUUUUGCCCAACUCUAACCUGUGACUCCAAGAAGCUGCUAUGGCAUGUUACAGUGGCCACAUCCUGGUAAAACCUUGGCAGAUGAGCUAAACCAAGUUGAGGUAGGGAACUCUGCCAGUGAGGUAAGGGAAUGUCUACCCAAAGUUUGUGACGAUUUACACACACACACAGAGAAUGGGCAGAUGAGAACAAUUUGUUCCAACAGCCAUGAAGGUGAGUUGGGAAGCAGGUGCUGUGGAGAGCUUAGACAUGGAAGACACCGAAGGUCCUCCAUUGCAGCCUGGACCAUUGCUAGUCAUCCUGGCUUUUGUCUUGCCUCUGGACUUGGAUAACUUUGAAAGAGUGAGGCUGAUGACUUUGUGCAACUGCCUCAUGAUGACUUUGUGCAACUCUGCCUCUCUGAAAUCCAAUUCAGGUACAAAUCAUCACCCCUUGAUGUCAAUGGUCCACUCCAAACCAGAAGGACAAAAAAAAUCUUUCGCUAUAACUCUAUCUUUCAGACUACUGUGUGUCUUUUCUUUCCAUCUCUGAGACCUUGAUUUAGAACAUAGAACCCCAGAAAGCAUCCAGUCCAAACCCCUGAUUUUAUAGAUGAGGAAUCUGCCCUGAGAAGCUAUGUGCCUCAUUUAUAGCUGUCAUUUUCCCUCACUUUUUCUGUCUCAGUCUUCAUUUUUCUCUGAAUUUCUCAUCUAUUGUAUUUUGACUUCUUUCUAACAUAAACCUAAAUCCAAGUUAUUAGGUUUUCCUUUCUUUUCCUCUGUCAGCUUGAUCCCUUUUUUCUUUUCUCUCCAUUUCCAUGCCUAUUUGACCUCAGUUUUCUUUCUAGCCUCCCCAGCCCACUCUGACCUGAAUCUCUUUCCUCACCAUUUGCUUGUGGGGCUUCAUCCCAACCAUCUUUGAAGAAUGGGAGCUAUUUUCCCCUUUCUGAUCCUGGAACUGACAAACGCUCAGGAAAGAUUUCUGUCUUUGAGCACAAGCACUCCCCAGCGAAACUUACUGAGUUCAAGUGCCCAGAGGGCAAAUUCAAACUGUGAGAGUUGAGGGAGAAAGUGCUUGCUUUGAGUGGCUGGAGGAAGGGGGUGAGGCAUGCAAAAAAAAAAAAAAAAGUCCUGGGGUCUGGGAAGAGGGGAAUGGAGCAGCUCCUGGAAUGCCAGCUUUGCAAGCGUGCCACAUCUUCGCCAAAGCUGGUGCCAAUCAAAAUUCCAUCACCUGCUAUCACCAGCUUGCACAAAGAGAUUCCCUGGCCUGGGGCUGUCCAGCUGAGGGGGAAACUAAGGACCAGCAGCUAGGGGUGUUGGAGGGGGGCGGCCCCCUCCCCUCCCAUGCCUGACUCCAACAGACUCUAAGAGGCUGAAACUGACAUAGAUGGGAAGAGCUCAAAAGGAGGGGGAAACCCAAAGAGGCACCCACACCCUGCUAUUAUUGCCUUUGAUUGGCUUAGAAGAGAGUCAGGUUCAAGUAAACAAGGCUGGUAAAUUUCUUAUCAGUUUCAUCUUGUUUUCUUCUCCAAAGGUGUGUUGAUGUGGGGAGCAGAGGAGGGGGUGAGGAGGGAGUCCCUAGCUUCAUCCUGCUUCUAUUCUUCCCUAGUAGGAAUGGGGGAGGGGAGGAGACUGAAGCCUCCCCCCCCCCCCAAUACAUACACACUUUUUUCCUCAAUUCUCCCUACAACCUCCAGAAAUGACAGAAUCAUAGGCAAAAGGAUUGUGGCAAUUGACUCAGAGAACAGAACAAUUGGACAACCCAUCCCACAACAGAAUUAGCAAAAUCCUUGUCCCUCCCUAAGCCUCAGUUUCUCUUCUGGUAAAAGGAGAAAGAUGGCCUGGAAACUCUCUACUGGUUUUACCUGUCCCUGAUUCCAGGCUCAGCUCCCACCACUGACUCACUCUGUGACCCUGGGCAAGUCCUUUCCCUUCUCCUGGACUCAGUUUUCUCUUCUGUUCAAUGACUGAGAAACAAAGUAAACAAAAAUGUGAGAGUUGGAACAGAUCCUCUCUAGGUCCCCUCCAGCUCCUGCACUUUGUGUUAUAAGGAUCCUUAUGACACUCUGAGAGACUAUGAGUUUAGUACAAAUCUGCAGCAUCCCAGAAAAGGAAUUCCCAAGCCCAGAGAGGACAAGUGACUUGCCCAAGAUUACCCAGCCAGCUGGGUGUGGAGCAAGAAUGAAAACUGAGGCUAUUUUCCCCUCAUCAGGCUGUCUCCCAGCAGGGGGUAGGGGUAGGGGUGGGGGCAGAGGAAGGGAGUGGGCCCUUUAAAUUAGAGCUCCACCUUUGCCUUCAGAGGUCUCUAGCCAUGCUAUAAAAGGCAGCCCCCUUCUCCCCUGCUACUGCUCCUGCUCCUGCCCCCACCCCUCCUCUCACAGGCUGCUUCCAGCCCCUGUCCACAUCCACAACAGCCUGCCUUCCACAUCAGGCACCCAUGCAGCUGCCGGCCCCCUUUGAUAUGUGGAAAGACUACUUGAAUCUGAACAAGAUCCUGUGGGAGGUGAUCUCUGGCCAAGGGGGACCCGGCGGUGGGGAGAGGGGCCAGCAGGAGGCAGAGGCUGGCCAGGAGAGGCAGGUGGUCGCUGGGGGGCCUCUCUGCAACUUCUGCAAGCACAACGGAGAGUCCCGACACGUGUACACCUCCCACCUGCUGAAGACCCCCGAGGGGAUAGUGGUCUGCCCCAUCCUUCGCCAUUACGUCUGCCCGCUGUGUGGAGCCACCGGGGGGCUGGCCCACACCCUCAAGUACUGCCCGCUCAAUGGGGGCCAGCAGUCCCUGUACCGACGGAGCGGGCGAAACUCAGCUGGGAGAAAGGUCAAGCGGUGAGGGAGGAUCUAUCUGGGCCUCCUCUGGACUUUCCUGGGCUUUGCCCCAUCCCUGGGAUUUACCCCAAGCCCAGGGAAUCCUCAGCCCCAGGCCAUCCCAUUUGCCCCAGGGGCUGGUCCCCUCUUCUCUCUCCUUGCCUGGAGUUUUCUGAGCCCCAGAAACCCCCCCAGUUCCAGUUCAGUCCUUCCUGGAGAAAACACAAUCUGGGGGCUCCCCCAUUCCUGAUCAGCCUGGCCCUGGGUCCCCCCCACACCCAGAAUUGCUCUGCACCUGGAAUCCUCCACUCCCAGCUUGUCUCAUCCCUGGGAAACCCUUCCCCGCACCCCCUGCCAGCCUCCAGCUUCCUGGGACAUGGAGGGAGUUCCAGAGGAGCCACAGACCUCCCUCCAGAUGUGGAUCGUCCAUCCAUGAGACCCAGAGCGGUCCAGCCUCUGUCCAGCCCUCCCCUCGCACCUGCUGCUGUCCUCUGAGGACCGAGGCAUCCCAGGACUCGGCGACCUCUUGAAGAUGACCAGAGGCUGCCUUUUCUGCUGGGACCCUCACAUGACCGGCCCCUGGAGAUGGGGGGAGGGGGUCCCCAUGGCAUUCCCCAAGCUGGCACCCUUCCAGCUCCAGAAUACCUGGGGGGAGGAUGGGGGGGAGACUUUCUUAUACUGUUCUUUGUACCUGUUUCUGUGCACUAUUCUCGGCCCCCCGUCCCCCUGCUGUGACCUGGGCCCAGACCACUCAGUGGGAAAGCCCCUCUCCUCCCCUGGACAGCUGGGGGAAAGGACAGACCUCCUCUCUUCAGUUUCCUGAGGUCUCCAGGGAGGAGGGCAUCCGUGUGGCUGGGGGUGGGGGUGGGGGCAAUAAGGAGAGCUGCAGAAGGAUUUUAAGUUCCUAGAUCUUAUUUUUUUAGGGGUUGGGGGAGGGGAGGCUAAAAUAAGCAGAUUUCAUGUUGUUUGGUUUUGUUCAGAGCUGGAAUAA